GUACAGUUGACUGAGGGCGCUGGACUGAAAGUAUUUGCAACGUGCUCAAUUCACGAUUUCGAGUAUGUAAUGAAGCUAGGCGCAGACAGGGUAUUCGAAUAUAAGUCGGCCUCGGUCGCCGGACACAUCGCUGGACAGUUGGACAGGGACCAGUUGCUCUGUGCUUGCAUCUACCUUGACAGAGGCGAUGUCGCAAGCGCACGCCAAGUCUCUGUGCCAAGUCACGACAGAAGCUCCUCGUCUCGUCCUCGAAUUAUAUCCUACCAGGCGACUGUCCCGACGGGUCAAAGCCAAUAUGGCAUUUGGCACGGGAGGCCCGGAUGGAGCUACACCCAUACUACCGGAUGUCUGGGGUGGAUACCUCGUCAAAGCACUGACGCAUGGCAAACAUCAAAAUUGCUUCAAGCCCCAGAUUGUUCCGACGACAGGACUGGAGAGGUUCGCGUUGCUUUGGACAUGUUGAAAAACGGGGUCCUCCGUGGAAGUAAAUCAUUUCUGAGUGAUGAUUGGGAUUGUUUCAGUCCGAGCAUUGAGUGCCAUGUCUGUUGAUCUUCAGGCACAGUUGACCUUGAUUGGCAAGUAUAUGGUCCAUUGUUGUGACCUCGAGCCAUCUCCCUAAGAACAAUUUUCCAGUUCAUGGGCUAGCUCGUUCAGUCGAAUGGGAGUGCAUAGGAUUUCUGCCGAAUCGCCUUCUUUUCUCCUUUGGUCAACACCACGCCUACCUUUUCCUCGAGCACGCGGGACCGCUCCUCCUCUGUGUGAGCCUGGC